AGGAGUCGGGGGACUAUGGACUUCAUCAGCAUCCAGCAGUUGGUAAGUGGACAGAGAGUCGAAAGGAAAGUGUUGGGAUGUGGACAUGGAGUUCCUGAUCCUGGAGGCUGGCCUAGUGACUGGAGUCAACCCCAAGAGGCUGUGGCCCGGGAGAAGUGGAGACUGGAAGAAGAGAAGAAGAAGAGACUUGAAAGAUUUAACAGUUCCCGACUUAAUUUGGAGAAUCUGGCUGACUUGGAAAACUUGGUUCAAAGACGGAGAGAAAAGCGACUGAAACGCCGAGUCCCCCCCAGGGCACCUGAGCCCGAGGUUAAGGGGCAGCCCCAGGCCCGGCUGGAGCCUGUGGACCUGGAGAUGUUCCUGAAGGCAGCUGCUGAGAACCAGGAGGCCCUGAUUGACAAGUACCUGACAGACGGAGGGGACCCCGAUGCCCACGACAAGCUCCACCGCACGGCCUUGCACUGGGCCUGUCUGAAGGGUCACAGCCAGCUUGUGAACAAACUGUUGGAGGCAGGUGCCACUGUGGACGCUCGGGACUUGUUGGAGAGGACACCCGUGUUCUGGGCCUGCCGUGGAGGACACCUCGACAUCCUCAAACAGCUGCUUAACCAGGGAGCCCAGGUCAAUGUUCAGGACAAGAUCUGGAGCACCCCCCUGCACGUGGCCGUGCGCACAGGGCACUGUGACUGUCUAGAGCACCUCAUCGCGUGUGGAGCCCAUGUUGACGCACAGGACAAGGAAGGGGACACAGGUCUACACGAGGCCGUGUGGCAUGGCCGCUACAAAGCCAUGAAGUUGCUGCUGCUCUAUGGAGCCAAGCUGGGCAUGCAGAAUGUGGCUUCAAUGACCCCAGUGCAGCUGGCACGAGACUGGCAGCGGGGCAUCCGGGAAGCACUAGAGGCCCAUGUUGGGCACCCCCGUACCCGGUGCUAAUGACGGCAGCAGACCUGUGGGUCACUCCAGCCACCAUUCCAUCCCCUUCUCCUCCUCCCCUCCUCACGCCACUCAAGCACCUGUACCCGUGUGUGGUCCUUACCUCUCAGUCCUGAUUCCUCUCGCGGUGGUUUCCUCAGUCCUCCAGGGCAGCCCUGUCAGGACUGAGGAGCAGCACCGAAUCCGGCAGGUAGAUCAAGCAGACCUCCCUGGCUCCAGGUCUCAGGGGUGGCCCAUUCCCUGCCAGGGCACAAGCUAGGAAGGGCUGACACAGAGGACCAUGGGUAAGCAGGAAACAAAGUGGGUCCACACGAGACACCAUGCAAGUGGGAGCCCAGGA